CUCCCUGCCGGCUCGGCUCCCAAGGAGGACCAGGGACAGAGGCUCUCAGGAACUGGGUAGAGGGUGGAAGGCACACAGACCCUCCAGGCCUCACUGGACCCUUCAUGGCAAGGACACCAUGAAUGCGGCACCUGCUGCCUACACAUGCUCGAGUUCUAAAGAAAAGUCUCACAUGUCUUUAUCGUCACACCAAAUAUUCAUUGUGUGUGAUGAGUAGAGUCAUCUAUAUUGUCACUGUGGACACAUGUAAAGCCCCCGACCUGUGGCCAUCCAAGCAGCACCGAAACCGCACUCAUAGACAGCAGCAGAGCCUGCGAGAUACUCGCUUGCAGGGUCCGGGGCUGGGGAGGCUGCCCGCAGCAGCUCGGUGGGUGCAAACACAUGAAUCGUAGCUGCGGGCAGGAGGAAUAUCAGGUGCAUCUCUACGCCCUGAGGGCUCAACUCCUACACUUAAAUCCCUCCCACUGGAACAGCCGGCUCCAGUUUCACCAAGCAAGCGUGAGAACAAGUACUGCUUCCUGAGCACCUCCAGCCACUGGCACCCAGACCCGGCCACAUCCCAGUACUGCCCACCUCUGCUCCUAGAUGACGGAGGCUCUUGCUAGGCCCUCGGCACAGAGAGCUGGCUUCCGAUAGACGUGCUUGGAAAAGAAAGGAAAGCAGGAGGGAGGUGCCUCUUCAAAAACCACAAAGUCCACGAGGCAUCGGCAGUGACCACGCCACCGAGACGCUCAGAGUCUGAGGCAUAAGGAGGAAAAUGAGUCUUCUCAAAGAGCGGAAGCCAAAAAAGCCACAUUACAUCCCACGGCCUCCAGGAAAGCCCUUCAAGUAUAAAUGCUUCCAGUGUCCCUUCACUUGCAACGAGAAGUCACAUCUUUUCAAUCACAUGAAGUACGGUCUCUGUAAAAACUCCAUUACUUUAGUAUCAGAGCAGGAUCGAGUUCCCAAGUGCCCUAAAUCUAACUCGCUAGACCCUAAGCAAACCAACCAGCCUGAUGCCACAGCAAAGCCAGCCUCUUCCAAGUCUGUCACAAACGGACUCUCCACCUUCGACUUGAAGCUUCAGCACAGCUCUGCCAGGGAAGACAUUAAGGAAAACCUGGAGCUGCAGGCCCGGGAAACCCAAAGGUGCCCGGGACAGAAGCCAGCCCUCCACCGGGAAUCGGCAUGUGGAAGCCCAGCUCCGGAAGCCGCCCUCGGCGCCCAGCCUGCUCUGGAAAGCACAGCUCGGCCUUCUGCAUUUGUUCCAGUCGGCGAGCACAGACUCAAAGGGCCAGACAACGCCGAGGCACCCGAGACCCUGGCUUUACCCAAUCCCGCGGCCAAGGGCACCCCCUUCCACACCAAGUCUGCCUUCCAUGCUCCUGGCUACCCCUGGAAAGCCAGCCCACCUUUCCUCCCGCCAGAGUUUCCACAUAAAAUCUCAUCUACAAAGGGGCUUGGAACCAUUUCUCCUUACAUGCACCCCACGAUCCCAGAGUACCCACCCCACUUUUACACAGAGCAUGGGCUGGCCACCAUCUACUCACCUUACCUGCUGGCUGGGAGCUCGCCGGAGUGUGAUGCACCCCUGCUGUCGGUCUAUGGAGCCCAGGACCCGAGACACUUCCUGCCUCACCCGGGGCCAGUCCCCAAGCACCUCACUCCAACUCCACCAACAUACGAUCAUUAUAGGUUUUUCCAGCAGUAUCACUCUAAUCUGCCACUUCCUUAUGGAUUUUACAGGCCAGAGUCUGCGUUUUCCUCCUAUGCUCUCAGACUCCCGCCCGUCACUGGCCUCACCCGAGAUCACAGCUCUCACCUGCUUGAAGAAGCCACCCUGGUCUAUCCAGCCUCAAGUCCUUUCAAGCUAAACCCUUCAGACCCCAACAGAAAACACAUCGAGUUUGAAAGUCCAAUUCCUGAGGCGAAAGAUUCCUCCAAGGCUGGGCAGAGGGACACAGAAGGGUCCAAAAUGAGCCCCCGCGCAGGGAGCGCAGCCACAGGCUCCCCAGGGAGGCCAAGCCCCACCAACUUCACGCAGACGAGCCAGACCUGUGAAGGCCUGUGCGACCUCUCCAACAAGGCAGCCUCCACUGCGCUGGGAAGACUCUGCCUGCCAGAGCAAAGCCUCACAGCCUUUAAGCCUGUCAAGAAAAGCAAGGACUGCCUACAUGCCGAGGCUCCUGAGACCAGAGCAAAGUCUCCAAUAAGCCUCAAUACCAUGAAUGGAGAGUCUCCCACUCAGACAGGAAGCACCUCUCUCGUCUUGGAGGCCGCACCUUCCAGUCCAGAGGACAGCUCCAGGAUGGGCCCUCUCAACCUCUCCAAGAAAUCAGAGAUGAAGCCGGCAGCCACCCACAAACUCAUGUACCAAGGCAGCCCCCAGGCAGAAACCACCAACUUCUCCGAGCUGCAGGACCUUCCUCUCAAUCUCUCGGUGAAGGACCUGUGUAACACCCAGGCCCCGAAGCCACCCUUCCCCAGUCGACCACAAGCUGCAGAACCAGGUGCUGCUGCUGCUGCUCCACAGAAGACUGGGACAGAAGGUUCUGAGGAUGGGCCUGACCACCCUGAGACCAGGCCAGAAAGCCUCGACGGUGACAAGGCCCCACUCACAGGCCCUGCCGAGGAGGCCACAGUCACAUGCACGGUGGACAGCAGCGAGGAGCAGAAGCAGACGGCGGCCGUGGCCCUGUGCCAGCUGGCAGCCUACAGCCCUGGGAACGUCCAGGUGGGCGACGGGGACACUGCGGCACCAGAACCUGCCUGCCAGCAAGACACACCCACACUCAGCUCCAUGGAGAGCCAAGAGGCCCAGUGUGACCUCAGACCCAAAGGACAAAAGAGGACAAGUCAAAGAGAUGCUGGAAAAUCCCAGCAAGGAGCUAAGAAGGCAAAGCUGCAGGACACGGCAAGAGUGUUCACGCUGCGGAGGAGGGCCCGGGUGUCCUAACGCCGGGCUCACACACGUGCUCAGAGCCAUGGCCACACCAAGCCUUCCACAGCGGUGCAUAGCACCACAUCUGAACUGGCACUUCCACAUUUUUACAAAUGCAGCUUCCUCCUCCUUCUCAAAAAAAAUAAAAACAAAAACAAUCCCUCAAUUCAGUUGUUUUAAUAAAUAUUAAGCAUGAACAUUAAAAGGUGCUUCUACUUUUGGUUGUAAAAACAUCUGAAUGACUGUAAGACUGAUAAGUACUUUGAAGUGUAAGCAAGUCAUCUUACAGAAGAUCUUCUGUAAAUGUUUCCUUAUAAAUAUCUUAGCAUUAGAACAAAUGGUUUUAACUGUUUUUCUAUUAGCUCUAGCUGAAUAUUUGAAGUAAAUGACGAUUACUGAAAAAAAGGUCAGAAAAAACAUUUUCAGUGCUAGCAUGAAAGUGCCGUAUAUUAAAAAAUGUGAUUUGUUAUAACUAAAUAACACACAAACAUCACAAGGCUAUUUAUACAAAUAAUUUAUUUCCACUAGGGAAAGCAUAUUACUGGUGACGGUAUUAUCAAUUUAUUCUACUUGCUUAUAAUGUUACAGUGAAUGUUCUGGCUUACUCUGCCUCAUUUUCCAUGCCCCAAAUGAUGUGUAUGUUGCUAAUUUUCGAAUAAACUCAUAUGAACCCUUAAGGACACAUAAAAUGAAGAUAAACAUAAAUCUGUUACCCUUUA